CCCUCUCGUCCGUCCCCCACUCCCCUGAGCCGGAGCCCCAUAUCGCCUCGCGCCUGCCACACUCCCUGAUCCUUCCAAGUUCCAACAACCCAAAAAGAGAAAGAGACGAGCGGCAACCGGAGGAGGCUGGUGGUGGGCGAUGGCGCGGCGCGGGCGUGUGGAGCUGCGGCGGAUCGAGAACCGGACGAGCCGGCAGGUGCGCUUCUCCAAGCGCCGCUCGGGGCUCUUCAAGAAGGCCUUCGAGCUCGCGCUCCUCUGCGACACCGAGGUCUCGCUGCUCGUCUUCUCCCCCGCCGGCAGGUUCUACGAGUACGCCUCCUCCAGAUGCUGGCGCAAGGAAAUAGCGGCGCGGGCACGAGUGCGAGCGGCGAGAACUCCAGUGAUCCUAGCGACAGGAGGAAGGAAGGACUUGAGCUGUCUAUGUGCAGUGCAUGUAGUAUUUGGUAAAAGCAAAUCUCUGUUACUGAUGCCACACUCUUCCCCAGUUAUUGGGCAUGAAAGAGUUGAGAAGGCUGCUGCUUGUAAGGUGCAGCAGGGCAGAAAUGGCAAAUUCAAUAAAAGGGUGCUUGGUUAAUAGCAAGUGCCUGUGCGUGUUCGUGUGUGUGUGUCAUUGUGCUUUCCUAAUACUGUGUGAUGUGUUCGUCUCAAAAAAAAUACUAUGUGAUGUUGAUGUUAACCUAUCAGCCUGUUGCCUUUGGUGUAGUCUAUGUGCAGUGCGUGUAUUUGGUUCAAGCAAAGCUCUGUUGCUGAGGCCACACUCUUCCCCGGUUAUUGGAUAUGAAAGAGUUGUGAAGGCUGCUGCUUGUAAAAUGCAGCGAAGGCAGUAGGGGCAAAUUCAAUAAAGGGUUUUGCAAAAAGAA